GAGACAUUUAGACUAAAAAUAAGACAAACAGACGAGGUAGACUUGACGUUUUUGCAGUGUGGAUUUUUCGGUUCGUGUCUCGGUGACAUGAAUCUUCUCCUGCUGCUUUUAAAAGUGAGAUAAGUUUCCCCAAACACCUGGUCGGUUCUCAGACCUGCACACAAACACAAACUGUUCUGAGGUCUCUGCUGGGAGUGAAUGACGGCUGCGUGCACACGCCUCCGCUCGGCCUCAGGUGUUGAAUAUUUGAUCAGUCUGGUCACAUGGCAUCAGGUCUGAAUGAUUUAGCGCCGCCGUCUCCUCUCCUCACUGUUUCCUGCAGCUCUGCAAAGGACCAAGACUCGACCAAAUGCCUCACAGCCUGCCUCAGGAGGGGAACCACACAACCAAGUUUCAGGCCUCUGUUUGGACUCUGGCCAGGUGUGAGGAGAUGACCACAGUGACGACUGAACCAUGAUAGAAGCAGUGACAGCGGGCAGGUACAGGGAGUAGCACACUAGCAUCAGUAGGUAAUAACCAGGCGUUGCCAUGGCGGCGUGGCUCGGCCGGGUGUCUCUGGGCGACGCCUGGUACAACAUACUCCGCCUGCUGAGGACCAAGCCGGUGGGCUCCAUGGCUCACGGCUCCGACGACCUCACCGAGCUGGCCGAGGGGUCUGCGGUGGGCCUGGCCAAGGUCCUGACCACCGUGGACCUGGUGUCGCUCGGGGUGGGCAGCUGUGUCGGCACGGGCAUGUACGUGGUUGCUGGGCUGGUUGCCAAGGCGAUGGCCGGGCCAGGGGUCAUCCUGUCCUUCAUCAUUGCAGCAGUGGCGUCCAUACUGUCGGGUGUGUGCUACGCAGAGUUCGGAGUCCGGGUCCCUAAAACGACCGGCUCGGCCUACACCUACAGCUACGUUACAGUUGGGGAGUUUGUGGCAUUUUUCAUUGGCUGGAACCUGAUCCUGGAGUACCUGAUCGGCACAGGCGGGGCGUCGGCUCUCAGCAGCAUGUUCGACUCUCUGGCCAAUCACAGCAUCAGUAACUACAUGAUAACACACCUGGGCACGCUCAGAGGACUCGGUCAGUAAGGGUGAGGAACAUACCCCGACCUGCUGGCCCUCUUCAUCGCCCUUUUGGUGACAGCGAUCAUUGCCCUGGGAGUGCGUAAGUCGGUGGGCUUCAACAAUGUCCUGAACGCUGUCAACCUCGUGGUCUGGGUGUUUAUGAUCAUCGCUGGACUCUUCUUCCUGUCAGCCAGCAUGCAAGGCGGCAACUUCCUGCCGUAUGGCUGGUCAGGGGUGAUGCAAGGUGCAGCAACCUGUUUCUACGCCUUCAUCGGCUUCGACAUCAUCGCAACGACUGGAGAGGAGGCGAAAAACCCCAACACCUCCAUCCCUAACGCCAUCACCGCCUCGCUGGUCACCUGCCUCACCGCCUACGUGUCGGUGAGUGUGAUCCUGACCCUCAUGGUUCCCUAUAACCUGAUCGAUGGCUCUGCUCCUCUCAUGGAGAUGUUCGCCGUGCACGGCUUCAUGGUGGGGAAGUACAUCGUGGCCGUUGGCUCCAUAGCCGGACUCACCGUCUCCCUGCUGGGCUCCCUGUUUCCAAUGCCCAGAGUCAUCUACGCCAUGUCCCGGGACGGACUGCUGUUCAGGUUCCUGUCACAUGUGUCGGCGCUCACACACACUCCGGCGGUGGCCUGUGUGGUUUCGGGCUAUGGCGGCCGUCCUCGCCUGCUGGUGAGCCUCAGAGACCUGAUCGAGAUGAUGUCCAUCGGCACCCUGCUGGCUUACACUCUGGUCAGCGUCUGCGUGCUCCUACUGCGCUACCAGCCCGACGAACACAUCGAACCCACCAGUACGACUCCGAGGUGGACGUGGACGGCUGAAGCAGCAGGACGUGAAAACGUCCCCACCAAAGACGACCAGAUCUGAUCGGCGGCUCCGACAAUGACGGGUUCGUCUUCUUAUCAUGCCGGUGCCACUGAGGGGGAGGGAGACGACUCUGAUUUCCACACCGGGCCACGCUCGCUGCUGAAAAGGCUCCUGGGAGGUCAUUACUACACCCUGCGGCUGCGACUGGGAAUGCACGCCUCAGCUCGACCCACCCCCGCCAGCGGCCGAAUAGUGACCAGAUGCACCCUGCUCCUCUUCUUCACGUCCUUCUUCCUCUGGUCCACCGUCAUAUUUGGCGUUGAGCAGGGUUCAGGGUGGGCGGUGUUUUCAGGCCUGAUGGGCCCGACGCUGAUGGCGGCUUCUUUGGUGAAGCUCUUGGUUCUGAUCAUACAGCAGCCAGAGAGUCAGAGGAGGCCCUACAUGGCGCCAUGCGUGCUCGUCCCCGCAGCGGCCAUAUUGGUCAACAGCUACCUCAUGCUUAAACUGUCUCCGCUCACCUGGGCCAGGUUCACCAUGUGCCUCAUAGGUCUGCUGAUCUGGUGUUAUGGAGUCUGGCACAGUACGCUGGAGCUGGACGCCCGCGAGCAGCAGGCCCACGCCAGCUCCUACCAGCGCUACGACGACCACCUGGACGACACCUUCUCCCCCGACGACGACCUCUACCCCAGGAGCAGGACGAGACGCCCUACCAGGGCUGUCGGCCCGGAGGAGAGGCCACCACUACAACACCAGCAGCAGAACCAGUACGAGGACCAGGAGCAGUAUGAGGGUGAUGGGGACCAGCAUGGGUACCAGUCUGGAGGCCAGUAUGAGAGCAGAGGCAGCAGGUCCAGAGGAAGGACCAAUUAUGGGUUGAUGAGGAAGAGGAGGACUGAACCCUUAUCCAACAGUCACAUUCAGCGACACCGUAUGUUUACUAAAUACCAGUGAACGCAUCGUUGUCUACUCAGCGUGGAAGUUUCAGUGGAAGAAGAAGAAGGAUACGAUGGAAACCCCCCCC